AUGGAUCCGGAAAACGAGAAGAGAAAGUUUUCUGUCGAGGAUUCAACGACAACAACAAAACAAGAUGACGGUGAAAAGCAAGCACAACUGGGCGAUUUAUGGCGCGCCUUUCAAUUCGCCGACCGUCUCGAUUGGGUUUUAAACAUCAUCUCCCUUAUUUGUUCUAUCGCGAGUGGAGGAGCCAUGCCGCUCAUGACUAUUAUAUUCGGACAAUUCACUAGUCGUUUUGCAGACUUCGCCGGAGGCUCUGUUGACCCUGACGACUUCAAAUCUGAGGUCAACUCCUUCGUUCUCUGGUUUAUCUACCUUUUUCUAGGGAAAUUCGCCUUGGCCUAUAUCGCAACAACCGCAAUCACGAUAUCCGGCAUCCGAACAACACGAGUACUUCGACAGCGAUUUCUCGAAAAGCUUCUGCGAACUGAGGUGUGGUAUUUCGAUACCGCCAAUGUUGGAUCUCCUGCAACCCAGAUGACCACCAAUGUGACGCGCAUCAACCAAGGCAUCGCCGAGAAGUUGUCGCUUCUGGUACAAGGACUUGCCAUGUUUGUCUCGGCGUUUGUGGUGGCCAUUGCAGUCCAAUGGAAGCUGGCUCUCAUUACCCUUACCGUUGUGCCCCUUUUCUUCAUCAUCAUGGGCGUCGGUAUGGCGCUUGAUGCUCCCAUUGAAGCAAAGGUCACGGGUACUUACUCUCAAGCCAACGUCUUUGCACAGGAAGUUCUGACUUCUAUCCGAACUGUCCAUACGUUUUGGGCACAAGGUAGAAUGAGUGAGCGAUACAACAGUUACCUCCAGGAAGCUCAUACGACUGGAAAAAAGAAGUCAAUGAUCUAUGGCAUCAUGAGCGCAUCGACAUACUUUUGCAUGUACUCUGGGAAUGCUUUGGCGUUCUGGCAAGGCUUUCGUAUGUAUCGGAGCGGAGAGAUUGACUCCGUCGGUACUGUGUUUACCGUCGUUCUAUCUGUCCUUCUUGCUUCGUCUUCCAUUGGUCUCCUCUACCCUCAGAUCCCAGCUCUUGCCAACGGUGCAGCAGCAGCAUCAGAGCUUUUCAAGAUCUUCGACAAGCCUUCUUUGCUCGACCCUCUUUCCAACGAAGGACACGUUCCUGAAACAUGCAACGGACAUCUUCAGGCCGAGAAUGUUUCGUUUUCCUACCCUUCACGACCAGACACACAGGUGCUCAAGGGUAUCAACUUGAACAUCCCAGCCGGCAAGACGACGGCUUUCGUUGGUGCGAGUGGCUCAGGUAAGAGUACGAUUAUUGGGCUAUUGGAGCGAUGGUACAUCCCAUCCGCGGGACGCCUACUUCUCGAUGGCGUGGAUGUUUCGACACUUAACGUCAAGUGGUUUAGAUCACAGAUGGCUCUUGUUCAACAGGAACCAGUGCUUUUCAGGGGUACCGUCUUUGAGAACGUUUCAAAGGGUCUCACCGACAUUCAAAAAGCUCUUCCUAUCGAGGAGCAGCGGAAACUUGUCCAAGAAGCGUGUGAGGCCAGCUAUGCUCACGAGUUUAUUCAAAAUCUUGAGAACGGCUAUGAGACACACCUGGGCGAAAGGGGUGGGGCUCUGAGUGGCGGUCAAAAGCAAAGAGUCGCUAUUGCUCGUAGCGUUGUCUCGAAUCCGAAAAUAUUGCUUCUCGACGAGGCAACCAGUGCUCUUGAUCCCAACGCUGAACGCAUCGUGCAGAAGGCUCUGUCACGCGUUUCCCAACAGCGAACGACACUUGUUAUUGCCCAUAGACUGUCGACUAUCAAGGACGCCGACAACAUCGUGGUCAUCUCUUCUGGACAGGUCGUUGAGCAGGGCACCCAUGAGGAGCUCCUUGCACUUGACUCCCAUUACGCUCGGCUUAUUCGUGCACAGAAUCUUGCUGUGGCUGAACAGGAGACCAAGGCUGACAUGAUUGCCAAGGAGAACCCUGAUUCAUUCGAUACAGAUGAUACUGUGGGUCGUGUUAUGACAACGCAGACUCACAAGUCCAUGGCGGCCGAGGACGAGGAGUCGAAACCCAAGGACCGAUCUAUCCUCUCAAGCAUAUUCCUAGUUGUCAAGGAACAGAAAGCGCUUCGUCCCUAUAUCAUCAUAUCUGCCCUUUGCUGCAGUAUAGCUGCGGCGACAUGGCCAGGCCAAGCUGUUCUGUUUUCGCGAAUUAUCACUGCUUUCUCAGUCGAGACUUCUGCCUCGGAUGUCAACUUCUAUGCUCUCAUGUUCUUUGUCAUUGCGCUUGGAAACCUGGUAGCAUAUGGUAUUAUUGGUUACAUCGCCAACCACGUCGCACAAACCAUCUCAUACCAGUACCGCCUUGAGUUGUUUACCCGAAUGAUUGGACUCGAUAUUGAGUUCUUUGAUCGUCCAGAGAACUCAUCUGGUGCUUUGGCGUCUAUUCUGUCCUCAGUUCCUGGACACCUUCAGGAGCUUCUCGGGCUCAACAUUUUCGUGAUUGUGGUGAUGAUUGUCAAUGUCACUGCCAGUUCUAUUCUUGCAAUUGUGUAUGGGUGGAAGCUCGCUCUUGUGAUGGUAUUUGCUGGAUUGCCACUACUUAUGGGAUCUGGAUACUUCAAGGUCCGCCUCGAGUCAAGACUACAUGAGAGCAACGAGGCGAGAUUCCGAGAGAGUGCAAGUCUUGCCAGCGAGGCUGUUUCUUCACUGCGAACUGUUACAUCUUUGACUGCUGAGAUGGACUUUAUCACUCAGUAUUCUGAAACACUUUCCAGCAUUGUCAUUAAGUCUAUCAAGUCAUUAUCUGUUUCGAUGAUUGCAUACGCAUUCUCGCAGUCGAUUGAGUUCCUUGUCAUGGCUCUUGGGUUCUGGUACGGCUCGCAACUUAUGGCGUCUGGCGAGUAUAGUGCCGACCAGUUCUUCCUCAUUUUCAUGGGAGUUCUGUUCGCGGGACAGGCUGCCGGUCAGCUAUUUGCAAACUUGACUAGCCUCACCAUGGCCAAGGGAGCGGCCAAUUAUUUGUUCAACCUUCGAGAAGAAAAGCCCGUUAUUUGUGAGACCGAUGACAAUAAGGAUAAGGGUCCAGAUUUUGAUCAACAUGUGGGCGUGAACGAUGUACACUUCAAGUAUAAGAGCCGAAGCACAAAGGUUCUUCACGGCCUGUCUAUGGAUAUUAAUCCUUCCCAGUUUGUCGCCGUCGUCGGCCCCAGUGGUUGCGGUAAAUCGACUUUGAUCUCUCUAUUGCAGCGGUACUACGACGUUACCAGUGGUAAGAUUUGUGUGGGAGAGCAAGACAUCAAGGACAUGUCUCCUCGACUUUUCCGUUCCCAGAUGUCCAUGGUUCAACAAGAGCCUAUUCUGUACGAAGGGUCUGUACGAGAAAACAUCUUGAUGGGCCUGGACGGCGAUGCCACAGACGCAACCGACGAAAGCCUGAACGAAGCAGCCCGACAAGCCAAUAUCCUCGAAUUUGUAUCGUCGCUGCCUGAAGGAUUCAAUACUCCCUGUGGUGCUCGCGGCACAGCCUUUUCCGGUGGCCAGCGUCAACGUAUCGCCAUUGCGCGAGCACUUAUCCGCAGGCCUAAGCUACUUCUCCUCGAUGAAGCUACUUCAGCACUGGAUACCUAUUCCGAGAAGCUGGUUCAAGAAGCUCUCGAGCAAACCAGGAAGGAGAGUGGCUGCAGUGUGAUAGCUGUUGCUCACAGACUGUCAACUAUCCGAGAUGCAGACAUCAUCUUUGUCCUUGUUGGCGGCAAGGUUGCUGAAGUCGGAACGCAUGAGGAGCUCCAGGCCAAGAACGGUGUUUAUGCGGAUAUGUGCAAGGCCCAGUCUCUUGAUAGAGAGACCGGCGACUCAUAA